ACACAUGUGCUGUUUCCUUUUCCAGUUGUAAAGGGGUCAGGAGCCAGGCAAGGAGAGCGUGAACAAGAGCUGCAUUUUCCUGGGCUCUUCCAGCUGUUCUGUUCAAUCCCGCCGUCAGUUCUGAGCAGGGAAGAGAGACUGUCAACACAAAUAAGGCAUUUUUCAAAGGCGUAAAUUAUGAGUUACCAAAACAAUACGACAUCUCAACCACAUGGAGACAUUGAGAACUCCUCAGCUGGAGCAGAUGUGGCUGUUAUUGGAGGUGUGAUUGCUGCAGUGGUAUUUGUCCUCAUUUGCCUACUGGUUGUGAUGGUCCGGUACAUGUACAGGCAUAAGGGCACCUACCACACCAAUGAGGCAAAAGGAACUGAGUUUGCUGAAAGUGCUGAUGCUGCUUUGAAAAACGACCCUGCUCUCCAGGAAGCUGUGGAUGAGAGUAAAAAGGAAUAUUUCAUCUGAGAGGCAAGGAUUUCCAUGGAGACUUCCCCAAGGGAAUCAAUCAGAAAUACUACAGAAGUGCUAAGAGAUGGAUAAUAUGAGGAUACAGGCAAGCAUCCUAAUUGAAAAGUAUCUCUUUAUUUUGUCACUGGGUUGUUUCUUUUUCUCUGCCCAUGAAGAGCUAAAUGCCAGAUACUUGCCUGUUGAUUUUAUUAGCAACACAGCUGGUCACAGUUGAAAUCAAUAUCAGAUAAGAAGAAACAAAAUCUCAGUAUGAGUGAUACACCAAAACCAGAUAACGAUAGCAAAUGUCAAGCCUUGACAUUUGGUGAAAAUAGCAGAUGCCAAUGGAAAACAUCCUCUUGGAGUUAAUGAUGCAUCCGAUGCUGAUAUUAUACAGAACUACCUGAAACUGAAUUUCAAAUGGUCACAGAAAAAACAUUCAACUAGAUAAAGCUGAGGUAGCUGGAACAAAUAAGCUUUGUUGUCCAGAUAUUUCCCCCCUUCUCUAAAAGUACAAUUUUAUUGGCACAGGGGAGUUUGUUUGUUGGGAAUUUAGACUGGGACUUUUCUUUUUUGAAUUUUUAGAAUUUUAAAAUCAUAAAAGUCAAAGAGACUUCAAAGAAACAAAAUUGUUGAAAACCAUGGAAAAUGUAAGAAUGAAAGAUUUUUUUUCUAAUUUGCCCUGCAUGGUAGCUUGAGAACUGCAAAAUGUUGGAUUUUACACUGUAGAAUAUAAUAGUCAGUAGACUUGCAAAUAUAAUUCCAAUUAGUUGGUAGAUUCCCUGCAUGCAUGCAUAGAUAGAUGGGUAUUAAAAGGUAAAGCAUCUUGGUUUGAGCAGGCCUUUUGAAACAGUGGAGCUCAGCUAGAUUUUUUUCAAGUUAAGAUAUUUUUUCCCCAAGUAUUUAUUUAUUUUGCAUUGAAAAAUUCUCUCAGAAACCCGCUUGCAAGAUUUUGGAUUUCUGCAAGAAGAGGAAUUCUGUUCUGGUGCAUAUACUGAUAAAUCUUUUGUAAAUGCAACCAUAAGACUGUCACUAAAAAGAAGCUUGUUCAUCUGAAUGCCACUGGCUUGUAUUGAUGUCUCCAUCCGUAUGGACUCUGUAUAUCCUUUGCAUUGUCCUAGAUAAGAGAGUUACACUGACCAUCAAUGCUUUAAUAGAAAUAAAUAAAUAGAUUAGUCACAGUGGUUCACAUGAAAAGAUCUUAUUCCUUGCCUAAAAAUCAAUGGUGAUGAGUUUCUUUAACCCAGUAAGCUAGCUUCCUAAUUGAAGUCCACAAUUAGCUCCAGAAAUAGGAUAAUUGUUUUCUGCACCUGCUCAUCCCCAGCUGCAAUGGUGCCCUGGACUACUGAAAAUAGAGGGGAAGAAAUACAAGAUAACAAAUAAGGCACUGAUGAGCUCUGCUCAACUCAGUAUGUUUUUUCCUGUGUUUCGAUAUCUAUAUAUAAGUGUGUGUAUAUAUACACACACACACAUAUAAAGUCAUCUACAACUGCUUUCAAGACACACUCAUGGUCACUUCUUGGCACCAAAGCUUGAAAGCUCCUGGACUCCAGCAUACAUUAUCGAUGAUGGCCACAAAAAUGUUAUAGUGAAAAGACAUCAGCACAAGAAAAGACUGUGAUGACCCAAGUGGAGAACUGGGAUAUUUUCAUCUUUUCAAUUACAAAUGCAGUCUUUUCUCAGUACCUGAAGUAGAUGGACAUUGAAUUAUUCUUAAAAUACCAGUACCUUAGAUCUUUAAUCUCCAUGUGUUUGCAUUUUAACCAAAGAAUAUCAAAAUCCUGCCAAAUUUACUAAAUGCUUAAGAUAUUUUUUUCAUAACAUACUAUUGCAUAGCCACGUUCUAUUCUGUGGCUAGAGAAGUACAACAUGCAUGCAAUCCAGCACUAGUAGAGCUCAAAUAUUACUGUUUUCUUCUAGGAUACGUUACUGUUUUAAUCUUUUUACUGCUUUUGAAAAAGGAAUCUGCUUUUAUUUUUCUGGGACAAGUGUUGGAGAAAUUAACUCAUCUUAGCUGUAAGACUGAGUUUGUAAAACUGAAGAUUCCUGACCCUCCAGCUCAAUAAGAAUGUAAGUAUUGCCACUGAGGGGAGGGUAAAUAGGGUGACGAGCUCUGCUGCAUCUCUCACACAAGCCAUGGGAACACCAAAAAUCUUUCUUCAAGUGCUAUCAGGACCUAUAAAAGACUGCCAACCUUUCAUCACCUUCUGUACACUUUCAUCUACCCAGAACUGCCUGAUGUAGGUUUGGCUGUUGAAGAAAAUUGACUUCAGAGCAAGGUGUGAGGGUCAUGAGGAAUAAAUUCCAGUUUCCCUCCCCA